CUAGCGGGCGCAUUUGAGCGACUUCGCCUGCUGCUGUCUGUUGUUUGCUGAGCCAACAUGGCUGACGAAACAGCAAAAGCUCAGUUGGCCCAGCCGGGCGGAGACACAAUAUUUGGAAAAAUCAUACGCAAGGAAAUACCUGCGCAGUUAAUUUACGAGGACGAUCAGUGUGUGGCCUUCCCUGACAUUUCCCCACAAGCACCCACUCACAUUCUGGUGGUACCCAAGAAUCCGAUAGUCCAACUGUCCAAAGCGCAGGAUAGCGAUGCUGCUUUGUUGGGCCACUUGCUGAUCGUGGCCAAGAAGUGUGCCGAGCAGGCGGGUUUGUCUAAAGGCUACAGGAUCGUCAUCAACGACGGGCCUGACGGAGGGCAGUCGGUUUACCACAUCCACAUCCACGUCUUGGGGGGACGCGGCAUGCAGUGGCCACCCGGCUAACGCCCCCGUCACACUAUUCAACGUCGUUUACUGUGGAUGAAGACAGCUUGUCAUGUGAUGUCAAACAAAAUCUGGAGAUUCAUCAACGGUAAUAAAAUGUGUAUUACUCA